GUCGUACGAGGCCAUGCAUGUUGCCCUCCAUUGAUCUUGUAUCCUAUAACAAUACCACCUGCUGUACAGUUCGUAUUCCACGUUUGGAUUUCAACCAGUUGUUGAGGAUCUGUUCCUUUCGAUAGAUUCUCAAUUUUCUCCAUCAGAGCUCAACUUCUACUAAACUUCUACUAACGAAUUCCGAAUAUUGCAUAGAAGUUGAGUUCUGAUGGAGAAAAUUGAGAAUUACGAGCGGACUUCUGACUAUUUUGUCUCAGAUUUAGAAAAUAUGAUUUUUCUCAGCAAAGAAAGGAAAAGAAAGCGAUACAUACUUUUGUUGCUGACACUUUGAUCAAGAUAACAAUAAUACAUCGUUGAACGAGGUAUUAUAUUAUUUAGUUUCCUUUUUGGAAUUUCUUGUCACUUCUGCAAUGGAGAAAUGUGAAUAAACCCACUCACAAUCUCUCUUCUGUAAUUUAUCACGGGGUUUUAUCUUUGUAGAGUCAGUCCCAGUAACAUUACCAAAAUCGAAUUAUCCGAAGUCAUCUUCAACGGACAUAACAACAGAUGUGACCACAAAAGAUGAUAAUGAUUUAGCUGAAUUACAAAUGAAAUUAAAAAAAUUACAGGAUGAUAAUAAAUAUCUUAAAUUUCAAUUAGAAAAAUCAAUAAUUUUAUUAAAAGAAAAUCAUUCAUUACACGAGGAUAACAAACAACUUCGUUAUGAUAUUGAAAAAAUUAAGAUUUUCCGUCUACCUGAACCAACACCUGGUGUUUAUGAAUGGGUUAAAAAUGUUGUAAAACAUUUCAAAAUGGUUGCAAAUAUAAAUCAAGCUGAAGCUAAUAUUGCACGAAUAAGUCUUCCUCUAUCAGCAGAAGAUGUACAAAAAUGUUAUGAUAAUGAAGACUGGAAAAAAACAGCGCGUAAUAUGGUGCGCGCUUGUUUUCCGAAAGAAAAUUUUAGCGAAACAAAUUUUUCAAAAUUAGAAAAAAAACAUUCUGCUAUUUUAAAUUUCUUAAAAGCAGCAUAUCCAAUUCAAAGUAUAACACAUGCAAAUUUGACUGAAUCUAUUAGCAGCAUGUGUUGA